AUGACCUAUUGGAAGACCCGCCACCGCCGACAGGUCGUAUUAUUAUGGCUCACAACUUUCCUCCUGGCACUCCUGAACAUAUCGGGCCUCUUCGAUCGCCUGCAGGAGACUCCCUACUCGGACUACGCGUAUCCUCCAGAAGUCGAUGUCAAGCACGUUUUGCGGUUACUCAAAUCUGGCAAUGAACCGGUUUACCGCGUUAUGAACCGUUACGAGCAAUACGUCUUCAUGAUCCGCAACGAAUUCAAAUGUCAAGUUCCGAGAGACCUGCCGUUCCUACUGAUUGUCGUUAAGUCUGCCAUAGCCCACCAGGCACAUCGAAACGCCAUCCGCCAGACCUGGGGACAAGAGGGCCUCUUCGAAGACGUGAGCAUCCGGCGUGUGUUUAUGGUUGGUGUAAAAGCCGACGAUGAAACCGCGCAGAGCGCUUUGAACGCAGAACAUGCCCUCCACGGUGACCUGGUACAAGCGGACUUCAUCGACACGUAUUACAACAACACCAUCAAGACAAUGCUCUCCUUCCGUUGGGUGCUGGAACACUGUCCCGGCGCCCAGUGGAUCUUUUUCGUCGACGACGACUGUUACGUGUCCGCGAAGAAUCUCGUCCAUUUCCUCCGAGACUCGAUGAACCCGACAGACCGGUACCUGGUGGGAUAUGUCUACGACGAGGCGCCGCCUUACAGGUCCCGCUUGAGCAAGUGGUACGUGUCCUUGUCCGAAUACCCCUUCAGCCAGUACCCGCCGUUUCCGGUCGGCUGCUUGUACCUAGUGUCGAGGCCUGCGAUCAUUGAGCUCUACCAGAUGGCCAGGUACACGCGGCAGUUUCGUUUGGACGACGUGUUUUUGGGAAUUGUGUCAAGAAAGAUCGGGCUGCGGCCGCUGCACAGUGACAAGUUUCGUGACAAGAACGAGCCCGAAUUUCCCGAAGACUUUGUCGGGCUUGUGGCCGCUCAUGGAUUCGAUGACAGUGCUCGCCUGGUUCGAGUCUGGGAGCGUCAAAAACGUUUAGGGAAUGCGUGA